UCAGUGAGUCUGUUCUUGCGAUUCUCAUAGUAGGACUACUAUAUAUUUAUGACGUCAUCACAUUAUCACGUGAAACCACUAGCAAUACCGAAGGUUAAUAAAAUACAUUAUACACAGACCUACGAUGAUAUGUUUGGUUGGUUAUGCCUUUAUACGCGGUUAUCAUUGUGUAAUCGUUAGUCAUGUGCCGAUAAUUAGGCAUUUGUUUGACCAGGGAUGGCUUUGUAGAAUGAUACGAACUGGAACGUGAAGGACCAGGGCUACGACUUGCUCACUGGCCUUAUUGUCUUUGAGUUGAUGACCGCCAUCCGAGAUUGACUUUCCGUGAGACAAUGGAUCACUCUCCUGGAGAUGAUGCUCUACUCAUUCCACCACCUGAUGAUGGCUUAACUGAUGCGAAAGAAAGCCACAUCGCUAUUAGCUAUCGUCUGCCUAUACGCGGUGCCAAACAGGCAAACAUUUCCAAGCGAGGCCUGAACGUGUUUCUGACCGUAAUGACUGUAUUUACAAACGUUGCUAUGAACGUAAGUCUACCGUUAUAUUCAGAGUCGAUGAACAACGAAAACACAAAUCAAGUUGAUGAGUAUCCGGUACUUUUUCUCAGUUCUUUCUGGUUCCCCUUUGUCUUCUUUGGUCUCGUUUUCUUGCACAGUUGGUGUAAUGGGUGUUCGCCGAUGCGGUCGACCGUACCGCACCUAACGAUGAUGGCGUGCGGUGUUCUAAAUGCGGUAAACGGUCUUCUGGUUGUUUACGCCAGCGACCCGACGCGCACAGCGCCCGAACUUCAGGCCGUCCUCAGUACAUCAAUUAUUCCGUAUACUGUAGUGUGUCGAUAUUUGAUUCUGCGCAAAGGUGUGAGUAAGGGACGACUAGUGUGUACAUUUGUGGUUUUGAUUGGUCUAUUCAUAUCACUUGAGCCAGUUAUAUUUAAUGUCGACCAAUCAACAUCCUCAUCUUCAAAUAGUAAGUCAACAACUUCCGAUGCUACUCGAAUAAUAUGGCCUUUUCUGUUCGCGCUCGGAUUUCUACCGCUCGGCAUUUUCAACGUCAUCAUCGAAAAAGAGCUAAAGAAAGAUCAGACUGAGUCGUUUAUAUUCUUAGCGUGGAUACAGCUGUACAACUUCAUUUUUAUAUUGCUUCUUUUUUGGACUGACUUUAUCCCGGGAUUUGGUGCCGCUAGUAAUCCAUCCGAGUUUUGGGACAAUUUCGUCUACGGUUUGAAAUGCAUGUAUGGCCAGACCCCAGAGUGUCAUAGCGCCACCUACAUGUCAUUGAUUUUCAUAGUGGCGUAUUGCCUGGCCAACCUUUUUAUCGUACUACUUGUGCGUUUCGCUGACGGCGCGAUAUAUCUGGUGGUCGUCCAGUCGCUGGUCACCCCGUGCGGUGCAAUCUUCUGGACGAUUUUCAAACCAGAACCGAGCUUCCACUGGGACCCUGUGUUUAACUUAGCCACCGGAUUCACACUGCUUGGUUUAGUUAUCAUGGUACCUGCUGUUGUAAUGUAUAACUAUCUCGGAACCAAGUCAGACGAGGUUGGAACCAGUAUAAGUAGGACUAGUGAGGAAAAAAUGAAUAUAAAUCAAGCAGAUGCAGGUAGAAGUUACAUGGACGCACUAUAGACAAUACAGUAUUAUAGAUUUAGUUAAUGUAGGCCCUGUAAAUACUAUUACUUGCCUGUGUAACGUGCUGAAGUAAGCAAUAUUGUUCUGUUGUUAUGUGUUGACACUUAGCAACUGUAAUCUUAUUUUAAUCUAUGGCUCAUUAAUGACGGUAGAUAGAGCUGUUACGAAUAUCAUUAAUGUCUAUUAUCGGCUUGCUCAUUAAAAACAGGACAUUAAAACAGACGACGAAUGAAAAUUGUGGUAAUUAACAAGGAGACAUUACAAUUGAAAAAGAUCACAGCUUAAAAACGAUUUACCAUAAAGAAACAGUUUGAAAAUGAAAUACAUUAAAAGUACGGGUUUUACGUUUUAAGUAUACACAAUCAGAGUUAAUAGAUAGGCCUACUGUAGUAAAAUCUAGACUUGGAAUUGUCAUCAAAUGAGUUGUCAACUUCCAAUAAAGCACUUAUUAAACAAGUUUUCACCAACCAGCUCACGGGUCAGCCUAGGCUAUAGCCAAAAAGGAACAUUACUGUAUAAUAACGCAUGUUAUUACCGUAUAAUAACAUGCGUCUGUUAUUUGGUGGAGAAAUGCUUUCGUUAUCAUUUCAAUGACUGAAUGCAAUUAAUUGUUACAGAUAUGUUAAUUAAACAAUCUAUGUAUUGCAUGAUUCGCUCAAAAAAGAGUAUCUGUUAAUAUGGGGGCACAGUUAACAUAUUAUUUUCUCAACUACGCAUUGUGUGCGUUCUUAUCUCUUCUGUUCUCUUCUGUAUCUCUUCUAUUCCUGGAGUCUGAAAAUCGAAUCGAAUAAUGUUCACUCGCCCUUUUGUUAUAUAAAAAAUGUGUUAUAUUUUAACCAAAAUUUGCAUACCGAGGUCUUUAAAAGGCGCAUGUUGCCGAGACCUAUGUUUGCCAUUAAUUGUGAUAUCUGUAUCUAUAUAGGCCUAUAAUAUAUUAUAUGCCCGGUUAUAAUAAUUAAACAUGCGCAAUAUUGAAAUGAUUCAGAGAAACCAAAAACUGUAAUAAAUCAUCCUAUUAAUAUCUGGUUCUGGUCCUAUUAAAUAUAUAUGGUUUCUCUGGAUGUAAUUGUUAUAGAUAAAUUGCAUAAACAUGAAAUACACUGAAAGAUAAAAAACGGAUGUGUUAGACGCAUAGGCAUGUGUUAGGAACACAUAAACCAUAGAUGCCUAUAUAGUAAACCUCAAUUUAAAGGGUUUUUGGAAAGUGU